AAUAGACAUUAUUUACUGUGAUUUUAUAGAACAUGAUAUUUAUGAAAGCUAUUAUAGUUACUCAUUUGGGUCAAAAUAUAUAACACGUUGAUCGUCCAUAGAAAAAAGGGAUUUAAACAUGGCGUGUGAGUUCAAGCUAAAUCCGAAAAGAGUUCUCCAUAUCGCCAAGUCGUUUCCUUUUGUUGUCUUUACAUUAUGUGUAUAUAUUAUCAUUGGUGCCGCUAUCUAUCUACGUAUUGGAGAUACAUAUGAGGUUUACCGAGAAUAUGGAGAUUUAGAAGUGUACAGUUCGCUGAGUAGUAAUAAUAUCUCUGGAAAUGAGUUUCCAAUUCAGGAUGAGGACACUAAUCCCUGGCACUACUGGGAAUCUCUAUUCUUCAUUGUCACAACACUUACAACAAUAGGAUAUGGCCAUAUUACUCCAACUACAACUGGUGGAAAGAUUUUUGUUAUGGUUUAUUCAUCAGUAGGAAUACCACUUACCAUGAUUGUCAUAGCCGGCAUUGGUAAAAGACUUGCCGCCUUUGUCAGUUUCAUAUAUCUUACGGUACGAAAUCGAUUGCAGCCACCCUAUCUCAAAUACGGACAUGUCACACAAAAAGGGGACAACAUCAAUUUGAAUCUUGAUGCCGAAAGUAUUGAAACUGGUUCAAAUAUGAGAAUAGAACGUACAGACAAUCAUAAUUCCAUAAUUCCCUUUUUGGCAUCGGUAGCUUUUUUAUUUGUUUACAUUUUGAUAGGAGGAUCUAUAUAUUCCUCAUGGGAACACGUGACCUACAUGGAUGCUGUUUAUUUGGUGAUUAUAUCGCUAAGUACCAUUGGGUUUGGCGACAUUAUACCACCAGACGAUAAAUAUAACAUCGGCUCGUGUAUUUAUUUACCUAUUGGCUUGAUUGCGUCAAUGCUGCAAUUCAGUACGGGUACUAUGGCUGAAGGAUUUUGUUCAAAAGUUACUACCAUAUUUCGAAAACUUUAUAAAGGUUUGAAAUCUUUGACUGGUUUGAUUAUUUUAUUGGUGCUUUACAAUAUAAUUGGAGCCGUAAUAUUUGUUGAAUUGGAAGCGCCGUAUGAACAGAAAAUUGUAAUCAAAGAAAAACCAGAGCAUGAUGAACUUAUUCUACUCUUAACAAACGUAACAGUGGCGUUAAACAACUCUGACUUUGAAAUACUAAGAAAUAAAACCUUCGAUCUGAUAAAUCAGUAUGGCUUUGGAGAUAUGGAGGGGAAUUCUGAGAGCACGUGGGAUUUCUGGAAAGCUUUGUUUUUCUGUGCCACUAUCUACACAACAAUAGGUUAUGGUAACAUCUAUCCAAAAACAGAUGCUGGAAAAGUUGCUGCUAUAUUUUAUGCUGUAUUUGGAAUUCCACUCGCCAUGAAAGUUUUAGCUGUGCUUGGAAAAAAGUUGAUGAUAAUUCUCAAGUUUUUCUAUUUGCUUGUGAAAAAAUGUUUUAAAUGCAAUGGGCGAAAUAACAACAGAUACACCGUUCGAGAUAAACAAGCAGAUCACGUUGAAAACGUCGAACUAUCAGAAAUAGACAAAAGCGAAAUAAAAAUAGAACAAGAAAAUAAGGAAGAAAAAAUAAUAAAAGAAAUCGAAAACAAACUUCCUAUAGCAGUGCCAAUAAUUAUUCUAGUCAUCUACAUAUUUCUUGGAGCCAUAAUGUAUACGUUGUGGGAAGAUUGGGGCUUUCUAGACGCUUUUUACUUUGUUUUUAUAUCAGUUAGCACUAUCGGCUUUGGAGACAUUACACCAGCGCAUACAAAAUUCUUUAUAGUGUCUUCAAUUUAUGUUUUUAUAGGUUUAGCAUUGGUGUCAAUGUGUAUAAAUGUUUUAAUUGACUUUUAUAUAAUGUCCAUUAAACUAGCAAUUCAUCAAAUGGAUGUCGUAACAUCUACCGUAAAGAAAGGUUGUCGCUGUGGAAGCAGAAGACAAAGUGUAUGAAUUUAGACCUGCAAUCUGUCGUAAACAAAUGUUGUCUUUGUGAAAGCAGACGACAAAGUGUAUAAAUUUAGACCUUCAAUUUGUCGUAAAAUCAACCGUAAAGAAAGGUUGUCGUUUUUUGAAGCAGAAGACAAAGUGUAUAAAUUUAGACCUUCAAUUUGUCGUAAAAUCUACCGUAAAGAAAGGAUGUCGUUUUGGAAGCAGAAGACAAUGUGUAAGAAUUUAGACCUUCAAUAGGGAUUUUGGAUCAUUUUGUGUUAUGGAAAGGAGAAGGCAUUAAAUGGACCAAUAAUAUACAAAAUAGUUUAAGAAGAAGUAUAUUAAAACGAAUUGUAUUACAUACACGUUUGUUAAUCUGGUAUGAACAGCAACUUGUGAAAAAGAUGUGCAUAAUAUUAAUGUAUGAAUCAGACUCAGACUUUGGAAAUAUGGUCAAAAUGUCCUAGUGUGAGAGAAUGAGUGGGAAAAUGUGGAAAGUAUAGCUCAUCAUUAGUAACUGUGUUUGAAGGAGUAUUUGCAAAAUGUCAAUGUGUAAUCCUUGAGGAAUCGUGCAGAAUGUCAUGUCUUGUGAAUAUUUUCAUAGAAUAAAAUGCUACCAAAAUUA